GACGCGCAGUCGCCAGGUGAGCCAACGGCAGUGCGCGCGAUCACCUGAGACGUGCGAGUGAACAGUCGUAUCCUUUUCCAUUUUCCGUAGUAUUUCUUAUUAUUUUUAUAAUAAUUAUUAUUUAUUUGAACAAUAUUCUUACCACUGUUUAUUCACAAGUAUAUUUUAAACGUGAAUACAUCAUUUACUGUAGAUAAAUCGUGUUAAAUAUAACAAAUCUUUGAUAUUAUUUGAUCGGAGUAGUACAUUGUUGUACGGUAAGUGGAAAUUUGGUGCAGUGUAUGUGGUAAAAAUAUUUUUGUCGUCUUCAUAACCUUAAAAAUAACGAAAAUAGUGACAAAAUAAUAAAAUAAACAUCAAUAAUACAUAUCAUUCAUCAAGAUUGUCCAAUCUGGUACUUAAUUUUAGUUAUGGUGUGUUGUAUUAGAAUUGAAAUCUAAUUAAUAUUUCAAAAAUAUUUGAAACAGGUUAAAGUUGGCUUAGUAUAUAUAUUUACGAAAAAAAAUUCGAUCAAAGGAAACUUAGUAAAUGAGGUGUUCUUGUGAUAAAUGUUGGUUAUAUUCAGUGAAUCUACUGUGUUAGAUUAUUAUUGAAAAAUUGACAAGUGGUAAAGGAGCUCAAGAACGGCGCUUAAAGCGCCUGAAGGAGCUCUAGAGAAAAUGCAAAUGAUGACAGGAGAAAAGGGACCGACUCACCUUGUCGCACUCUACGUGGCGACCGCAGGACUCCAGGGCAAUGCUCUUGGUUCUGAUGAAGAAGAAAUUAUACUUCUUAUUUAUGUUCUUAUUGAUACGCUCCAAAAUAAGGUGACAGGCCACCAACAGUAUAUUGUUCAGCCAUCAACGCUAGAUAAUAAACAACAAGAAGAUGAGAACUCAGGAUCGACAACGACAACUAAUAAUAUUAUUGGUGAAACGGCACUUUUGCAUGCACCGGGUCUUACAGCAGAGACGCUUCGAGAACAUGGCAUUCCUUUGGAGCAAGCGAUUCGAAAGUUCGAUAGUUGGUGGUCUUCUCAACCACAAAUACCUCCUGACACACCACCACGUUUCAUAGUUGAUGGUCAAGCUCCUUUAAGACAAUGUCUUCAUCCUGAAAGCUAUAACAAAGAUCUGGAACUACCGCAGUACUAUAACUAUUUUUAUGAUCUUCGAAAGGAGUUUACUAAUUGUUACUCUUCACAAGGAGAACUUGCCACACUUAGCAUCCAAGAGAUGAUUCAAUAUUUUGGUAUGUCAUCAGACACUGAUAAUGAUUUUCACGUCAAAGAAGUUCAAGAUAUGAUUAAUGUUAUUCAAAGAAUGAUCAAAGAUGGACAUAUAUUUCAAAGCCCAGAAGUUAUAAAUCUUGUUUUGGAACCAGGAAUAUGUUCUAAAGAUGAAGAGGUAGAUAAUAAUUGCGUAGUUAGAGCACGUGGAUUACCCUGGCAGUCAUCUGAUCAGGAUAUUGCUAAAUUUUUCCGAGGACUAAAUGUUGCCAAGGGUGGAGUUGCUUUGUGUUUGAGCCCUCAAGGCAGACGAAACGGGGAAGCAUUAGUUCGUUUUGUGAAUAAAGAACAUAGAGACAUGGCGUUAAAAAGGCACAAACACCAUAUCGGUAAACGGUAUAUAGAAGUGUACAAAUCAUCUGGUGAAGAAUUCGUAAGGGUUGCAGGUGGUGCAAGUGGAGAAGCUCAUGCAUUCCUUUCACGUGGUGCUCAAGUAAUCGUGAGGAUGCGAGGCUUACCAUAUGAUUGUGUUGCAAAACAAGUUAUUGAUUUCUUUGCUAGCGGGCAAAAUCCAUGUCAGGUGCUAGAUGGUGAAGAAGGAGUUUUGUUUGUAAAAAAACCAGAUGGACGGGCAACAGGAGAUGCUUUUGUUUUAUUUUCUAAAGAAGAAGAUGCUGAAAAAGCUCUUAGUAAACAUCGUGAUUGUAUUGGUGUUAGGUAUAUAGAAUUAUUCCGCAGUACAACAGCAGAAGUACAACAGGUACUCAAUAGAGCAAUUGAUUCGAAACCACCGGUAGAUCUACCUCCAAUGCUUCCACUACCACCUCCGUUGCUUCCGCAGUAUAUAAUCACGUCAGGAACUAGAAAAGACUGCGUUCGAUUACGGGGACUUCCGUACGAGGCACUUGUUGAACAUAUUUUAGAAUUUAUGGGAGAACACGCUAAACAUAUUGUUUAUCGUGGCGUUCACAUGGUCUACAAUUCACAGGGUCAACCAUCAGGAGAAGCCUUUAUCCAGAUGGACAGCGAAAAUUCAGCAUUCGCAUGUGCAUCACAACGUCAUCAUCGUUACAUGAUAUUUGGAAAGAAGCAGCGAUACAUAGAAGUGUUUCAAUGUAGCGGUGACGACAUGAAUCUAGUAUUGACAGGUGCGGCACCACCAGUCGCCAAAUCGCUGCUAUCAUCCGAUGAAUUAAUGCUGCCACCGCCACCACCGCCAGGUUUUCCACCCAGUGCGUUAUUUCCACCUCAAGCAGCAAUAUUGCCUCAAGGAGUGCCAGUAUUAGCUCCUCCACCUUUUCCAACUGUCGUCUGCUUUCCUUAUGCGUCUCUCUCACCUCCGAUAGAUCCUUGGCAUCAUCGUCUUCAUGCACCUGCUAGUUGUCUUGCUGAUGUUGGACUACAUGCUACCACAACUUUUGGCAUAAUCGAGAGACCCAUAGACUCACCAAAUUGUGACGUUGAUCAACGUCAACAAUUACUUCCAUUACAAGCUGCUAAUAAUUAAAAAAUCUAUGUUCAACAAAUGCAACUUCUAUAUCAUUUGGGAAUGAUUAUAUGAAAUAGAAAUUUUUCACAAAUAUUAGCUACAAAAAGUUCCAAAGAAGUCUCGAAAUCAUUUUUUUUAAUUUUUAAACAUUCUAUAUUUCCGAUUUGAAAAUCUCUCUAAAGAGCUGGUUUAUUUCUUAUAACUUAUUUUUUCAAGUUAAAUAUUGAACCACAUAGAAAUUCUUCCAAUAUGAAAGUGAAACGUAUGCAAAAUAGAGAAACUUUCAGUUGAACUUUUUGUCAACUGUAAAACAAUAAAAAACGAUUGCUAAUAAUUGAUAUUCUUUAUAGAUUCCAACGUGUUUUUUUCAGCACGUUAUUUCUAGUCUAAAAAUAAAGCCAAACAGAUUUACAAAACUUAUUUCUAUUUGUUUUCAUCCUUACAUAUUACAUCAAAAGUUAAAUGACUCGAUUUCACUAUUUAAUUUAAAUAUAUUACAAAUAUCAAUCGCUGAUAAUUUUUAAUUAUUCGAAUGAAUAAAGAUCUGGUCUAAUAUAAUUAUGUUUUAUUAUUUGUUAACCGUAAAAAGAAAAGU